AUGGCACGAGCUUAUAAGCGGAGCUCCGUAGAAAACGCAAGCAUCAUCAGCAUCGAGUCCGAGGGCAUCGUCAACAUCAAGAACCUCCCGUGGACCAUCAGCUCGCUGCUGCAGGGAAGCGAGCACGCGCUCGAGUUUGGCGGCGGCGUCUGGAUGCACGCGUUCCUCAACACCUUCAACUACCACCGCCAGCACGCGCCCGUCUCGGGCAAGGUGAUUGAGGCCAAGAACGUCCAGGGAGCGGCCUACCUCGAGGUUGACGCGCAGUGCCGGCCCAUCCGCAUCAUGUGCGGGCCCGACGCCCCCAACACCCCAGGGUACCAGUUCCUGCAGCUGCGAGGCGUCGUGGUCAUUGACAACCCCGUCCUGGGCAAGGUUGCGGUGCUUCCCAUUGGCAUGGCCAUGGUGUCGUCCGUCAAGCUGUCGGUCAGAAAGGGCGACGUGGUGAAGAAGGGAGACGAUAUCUCGUGCUUCUUGUUUGGAGGCUCCGACAUCAUUUGCGUGUUUCAGGCCAAGGCCGGCCUCCAGGUCGAGGACUUUGUGGUCUCGGCGGGAGGUACAUACUCCAAGAUGGGAACUGUCCUGGCCCGAGCUCCAAAGUGA